AGACACGAGUAGAUUAACCGUGUGGCAGAAGCAGAAGCAGCAACAACGGCUACACGGUGUGGACAACGGACGGAGCAACACCACGAGCCAGUCAAAAGGGUCCCACACUUGUUGAAACACUUCACGAUCAACUUCAUAUAUCGCCACAAUGCCGGCUUUCUUCUGCCUGCCGAUGGCGUGCCAACGUCAGGUGGAUUCGAUUGAUAGGAGCCAGUCGAAUCUACAGGCAAUACCGUCAGACAUUUUUAGGUUUCGCAAACUCGAAGAUCUGAAUCUAACAAUGAAUAACAUCAAGGAGUUAGACCAUCGCCUAUUCUCUCUUCGACAUCUUCGAAUUCUCGAUGUUUCCGAUAACGAGUUGGCAGUUUUACCCGCAGAAAUUGGAAAUCUAACUCAACUUAUUGAGCUGAACUUGAAUAGAAAUAGCAUCGCAAAACUACCAGAUACCAUGCAAAAUUGUAAAUUGCUCACAACGCUGAACUUGAGCAGUAAUCCGUUCACAAGAUUACCUGAAACUAUAUGCGAAUGCUCAUCAAUCACUAUUCUGUCUUUAAACGAGACAAGUCUGACACUCCUACCAUCUAACAUUGGAUCUCUGACGAAUCUGCGAGUUCUCGAAGCUCGAGACAAUCUUCUCCGAACAAUUCCUCUGUCGAUUGUGGAAUUGAGAAAACUUGAAGAGCUCGAUCUUGGACAAAAUGAACUUGAAGCACUGCCGGCUGAAAUAGGAAAACUCACAAGUCUACGAGAGUUUUAUGUCGACAUAAACAGUCUAACAAGCCUUCCUGAUAGUAUCUCUGGCUGUAGAAUGCUCGAUCAAUUAGAUGUAUCAGAAAACCAAAUUAUUCGACUACCUGAAAAUCUUGGCAGAAUGCCAAAUCUCACAGACUUGAAUAUUUCUAUAAAUGAGAUAAUCGAAUUGCCUAGUUCAUUUGGAGAGCUUAAAAGACUUCAAAUGCUGAAAGCUGAUCGAAAUAGUCUGCACAAUCUAACAUCUGAAAUUGGAAAAUGUCAAUCGUUGACGGAGUUGUAUUUGGGACAAAAUUUCUUAACGGACCUCCCUGACACGAUCGGCGAUUUAAGACAACUAACAACACUCAACGUAGACUGCAACAACCUCAGUGAUAUUCCAGAUACGAUUGGAAAUUGUAAAUCUUUAACCGUCCUCUCCCUCCGACAGAACAUUCUCACUGAGCUCCCAAUGACAAUAGGAAAGUGCGAAAAUUUGACUGUACUGGAUGUUGCGUCCAACAAGUUACCUCACCUUCCAUUCACCGUAAAAGUUCUUUAUAAGCUUCAAGCUCUCUGGCUUAGUGAAAAUCAGACACAGUCAAUUCUGAAACUUUCUGAAACACGGGAUGAUCGGAAAGGAAUCAAGGUGGUCACGUGCUAUUUACUGCCACAAGUUGAUGCAAUUGACGGUGAAGGACGAAGUGGAAGUGCACAGCAUAAUACUGAUAGAGGAGCAUUUCUUGGUGGACCGAAAGUUCAUUUCCAUGAUCAAGCAGAUACCACCUUUGAAGAAAACAAAGAAGCUGAAAUUCAUCUCGGAAACUUUGAACGGCAUAAUACACCACAUCCAAAGACACCAAAGCAUAAGAAAGGAUCAAUUGAUGGUCAUAUGCUUCCUCAUGAAAUUGAUCAACCACGGCAAUUAUCUUUGGUUUCAAAUCACAGAACAUCAACUUCAUCAUUCGGAGAAUCUAGCAAUUCAAUUAAUAGAGAUUUAGCUGAUAUAAGGUUCAUUGACGCUCCUGCUUCAGCUCAAAACGGUGUCCGUGAAGCAACAUUGUCACCAGAACGAGAAGAACGAAUGGCAACCUCCUUGUCAAGUUUGUCAAAUCUUGCCGCAGGCACUCAAAACAUGCACACAAUCAGAAUCCAAAAAGACGACACUGGAAAAUUGGGACUUUCCUUCGCUGGCGGAACCUCGAACGAUCCGGCGCCGAACAGUAACGGAGAUUCAGGACUUUUUGUCACCAAAGUCACACCUGGAAGUGCUGCAUACAGAUGUGGUCUUCGUGAAGGAGACAAAUUGAUUCGUGCUAACGAUGUGAACAUGAUCAACGCAUCUCAGGAUAAUGCAAUGGAGGCGAUCAAAAAGCGAGAAACGGAGCCAAGCCUGAAUGGCAGUUCUCAUCAGCUCAACCACUUUGAUGCGGGUUCUCCGGACAGCACCAUGUUCGUGACAUCAAGUACUCCCGUGUAUGCUUCCUAAUCUGUGAUAUUUCUUCCUUACUAACCUCCUUUAUCUAAAAAUUACCUGUAUCAAUACAUGUGAUGUUCAAAAUUUUCAAUAUUCAAAACAAAAAAACGCUUCUUCCUCACUAAAAUUCACUUUUCCUCUACGAGCUUUAAUACCAAAGUUUAACUUAUUGAUUUUUCACAUUUCAUGUUUCUAUUAUUUCUUGAUUUCAUGUUUCGUGUCUCAUUUUACACUAAUCAAACUGCAACAAAAAAUAAUCAAACAAUCAUUUCCAUAUUCUUUCUCUCCCACUCAAAAAUACAGGCCUCAAU